UUGUUUUUGUGGGUUAAUGCUGUAACCUCUGCAGUAAAUCCUCUAACUGGACAAUACGCCUCUGAGAUACAAAACUGUAUUUUUGAAAGUUAGAUUCCAAAUUUCUUUUUUUAACUAUGAGGUUUCUAUUGAACAGAUUAUUUUCUUGGUUUCUCUGUAAUUAGCUGGGACCAAUUUCUCCUAAUUGUUUCCUGUUAAUCUCAUUACUAAUGAAACAAGGAUAGUUUGUGAUCUCUCUUUCAGGAAGCCUUUUUUUCCUAAGGAGAUUUUGAAGACUGAGAUUUGUAGAUUUGCCAGCAGUGUUACAGCUUUUGGGAUUCUUUCUAAGUACUUUCAAGCUCUGGUGGUGAGAUGUACCACUUGGGGAGCAGUCUGAUAUCUCCUGUUGUCUUCCAGACUGCUUUUUGCCUCUCGAUUGCAUAAAAACGGAGCACUCUUGUAAGUAUUUUAAGCACGCUAGGUGCGUUCAGGAACAAAAAUGCCAAAUUUAGAAGACUUAAAGGAAAACUACAAUUUUCCUCUUUCUAGCCUUUAAUCUUCAUAUGCACUAGGUGCUUGAAUUUACCUAAUUUAGGAUUUCAGUCUGCAAACAAGUCUUCAGUUCAAGCAUUUUUGGAAGAUCACUUUUCAGGGAUUAGAAAUGUUGGACACCAGGUACCUUAGAAUUCCCCAAAUCUGCAGUAAAGUUAGGGGGCAACAGGAGUCAACAGAAUCCCAGAUUGAAAAACCUGUCCAAGGAAGGAGUAUCUGGUGUUGCCUAGCUACAGAGUGCCACAAAUUAUCUUUCCGUUUUUAAAGGAUGCAUUUUUUUUGUAUUUCGGCUUUACAGGAAAGCUUUUUAAGAUGUAAAACCCACACAUACUAAACCUCAAAUGCACCUGAAGCCAUGACUUGCAAUUUCACUUUAGCUGGCGUGGCAACGCUGCACGUUUUGCAAAAUCCAACAUUUGGAUUGGAAUAUGAUCAGGCCACAGAAGAUUUAAAGAUUAAUAGGAAUCUUUCAAUCUUGCGAAGACCUUUUCCCCGAGCUUGAGCGAGGUGAGAGGCCAACGGGCCCCAGCGCUCCGCCAUGGACUCCGGCACUCCUCUAACUUCAUUCAUUUUACCCGAGCCACCUCCUCGUCUCCCGAAAGCUGCUGCCUCCAGGCUGAUGGAGGAGGGAGCGGGAGAGCCCGAGGUACUGCCGGGCGCAGCGCCGCUGCGGCCAUUUUCUCGUCCCGGGGCCGGGAAAGCCGGCGGCUGCCGCGGCGGGCGAGCCGCAGGUCGGGCGGGCCAGCGCCGCUCACGGAGCAGAGCGGCGGCGGCGGCGCGCUCCGAGCCCUCGCCUCCCGCGCUCCCGGGGGCGCGUGCGGCGCAGCGGCGGCCAGGCCAGGCCCGCCUGCCCCGACGGGCGCCAACGGGCCCGGCUGCGGCCGCUCGCGGGUGCCGGCGGCGGGCGCGCUGAGGGAGGAGCGCCCGCGCUGCCGCCGCUUCCUCCUGCGCGGGGGCCGGAAGGCAGCGCGGCCCGGCAGCGGGAGAGGGCCGGGCCUCGGCGGUAGUGCCGCCGUUGCGGGUCAGCCACCCAGCCUUCCGCAGUGGGGGCGGGCAGGCCGGGGGAAGGGCCGGGCCCCGCCGCCGCGCUGGGCGAUGGAGUGAGGGAGCGCUGCGCGGCAGCGGGAAGAUGGCCGGUGGCGGCGGCGGUGGCUGCAGAGACAGCUUGUUUCUGGAAGCUUUGGAUAGAUCACAGUCCAAGAGAGAUGGAGGUUUUAAAAGUAAUUGGAGCUUUGAUCAUGCAGAAGAAAGUGAAGGAGAUGCAGAGAAAGACGAGGCAAAUCUGCUCAGUUUAGAUGACAGUGAUGGGUCUUUCAGUCCCAAUGAAGAAAAAAAGUCAGUUCGUUGUCGACCUGGAACUAUUGGCAGCAGCAGCGAUGCCAUAAAAGCAUAUGCAAGGCGAGGCAAAGCUGGAGGUUUCAAAGUUUUAAAAGGGAAUGCAAUCGGCCUCAACAUGAUGGGAAAUAGCAAGAAACUGAGUGAAAAUGCUCAGAAUAUAUCUGGUCCUGUAACUGUGGUACAUGGCAGACGUUUUCACCAUGCACACGCACAAACGACCGUAGUAAAAACAGCAGCCCAAAGCAAUCUGGACCGAAAGGAAAGAAAAGAAUAUCCACCUCAGCUUCAGAAAGUGGAGGCAGACCACAUUAGAUUACCACGGUCUCAAGGAGUGGACAGUGUAAUGGAGAAUACAGAUGACUCUGAAUCAGAAUCUGACAUUAAAAGAAAGGUGCGACAGAAAGGUCAUUGCAAUUCAUAUCAAUCUGACUUGAGUUUAUCUUCUGCUACAAAAAAAUGCUUAACUCAGUCAAAGCUUUUGGAACAGAUUGAUUAUUCUACUGAAUGCCCAAACUGUGGGAGGGCAAAUGAAAAUCAGACCAAAUGCCGACAUUGUGAAAGUGCUUCUCUAAAGGAUUUGCAAAGAGUCUCCAGACAAGCUGUAACGUUAAGUGACUCUGUGGGACCUUUAUCACGUUCUUCAAUACAUCAGAAUUCAGCAGGGCAAAAAUCUUCAGGUACAGGGUUCAGCACAAAGAAGUUUUAUAGUUCUGCUGUUGGAAAAGGUCCAGCGGAUAUUCUACUGAGUAAUGAGGUUGUAGGACAUUCUAUGUUACGACAGAAUGGAAAAAUUGGUCUUAUAACUGGGACAAAAAAUCCUAAAAUUACGGGAAGCUUAAGACAGAGGAGUACAAGACCGUCUGAAUUAAAUGAUCCAAUUGUUUUGUCUAGUGAUGAUGAUGAGGACGAGAAUAGUGGCAGCACUAGGAGCAUGGAAAGCAUUUCACCUCGUCCUGCAGAUUCAGCCCGCUCCUCCCCAGCUCCUUCUACAGGAAAGGUGGAAGCAGCAUUAAAGGAGAACAGUUGUGGAAUAGAACAGAGAAUAGGUAGUAUAACAACAGAUACAGAAAUUGCAGUCACACUACCAAGAAAAGCAAGAAUGAAAGAUCAGUUUGGGAACAUUGUGUCUAACACUCCAAUAAAACGGCGCAAAGUUAUUUCUCAAGAGAUGGUAACCGAGGCCGUACCUCUAAAUUACCAAAACUCCUGUGAAAGUGUCAUUCUCAACUGCCGAAGCAUACGAAUAGGAAUGCUGCGCAGAAUGGUCGUGGAGCCUGUGAUUUUUUGCCUGGAUUAUAUCAAAAUACGCCUAGAGAGUCAAGAAGAAUCAGAAAGUGAUAUCAGAGAAAUUAACCUGAAAACUUCAGAGCUUACUAAAUGUGAAUGGUGUAGCGUCCGAAAAUUGCCAGUAGUUUUCCUACAAACAGUACCUUCAACCUGUAGCAGUCUGAGAGAUCAACUGAAAAUGAGUAAAGAUAAUGUCUGGUACGAAUGCAAAGGAGACAGUCAGGAAGAACAGUACAUAAUUUUAAUUUUUGAAACUGGUCUUGAUCCUCAUGCAAAUUCAAUAUUUGAAAAAAUAAUUAUGGACAUUGGUAUUAGAAAUAACAUUUCUGACUUCUUUGUGAAAAUUUCCUUUGAAGAAGCCAAUGCCAGGCUUGUUGCAUUUACUAAGUGCUUGGAGGACAAUUCCAAAGGAAGCCCAUCUCACAGAGAAAGCAAAAUAAAAAAUGUUGCUUCUGAGUCCAAAAUGCAGCAACGAAAUAAACAGUUACCAUUUUUUGAUGAUGAUGAAGAAAUUGGCGAACCACACACAGUAUUUAUUGGUCCUAUAGAAAAGUUGAUAGUUUAUCCACCUUCUCCAGCUAAAGGUGGUAUUUCUGUGACCAACGAAGACCUCCAUUGUCUAAAUGAAGGAGAAUUUUUAAAUGAUGUUAUUAUUGAUUUUUAUUUAAAGUAUUUGGUACUUGAAAAGCUGAAAAAAGAAGAUGCUGAUAGAAUACAUGUGUUCAGUUCAUUCUUCUAUAAACGCCUUAAUCAAAGAGAAAGAAGAAAUAUUCAUGAAACUUCAAACCUUUCAAUACAACAGAAGCGACAUGGGCGAGUAAAAACGUGGACACGGCAUGUUGAUAUUUUUGAGAAAGAUUUCAUUUUUGUUCCCCUUAAUGAAGCUGCCCACUGGUUUUUGGCUGUUAUCUGUUUCCCUGGUUUAGAAAAACCCAAGUAUGAACCAAAUCCCCAUUUCCAUGAAAAUGCUGCAACGCCGAUGAAAUGUUCCUCUUCAGAUGGAGAGAGCAGCACACCAUCUCCUUUGCCAAAUGAAUUAGAUGCACAAAACUCGCCUUCUAAGUCUACAGCAAAGAAGACUUUUACCAAAAAGUACAGUACAGCUUUAAUCGACCCAAACACUGAAAUAGAGGACAGUGAAUCUUCGUGUUGUAGAAGAAGUCCUUGUAGGGGGAAAAGUGCUUUCAAAAAACUGAAUCAAAUAGACAGUGAUGUGGAAGAACCUAACACUGUGGAAUCAGCAUGCCAUAAACUAGACCAUAGAACUCUGGAUGAAAACGGUAUACAGGGUGAAUUCACAGCUGCUAGCCAAUCUAUGGAUGGAUUGCACAAAAUCAGACUAAACUAUAGUGAAGACUCAGCUGAUGGCAGUAAACUAAAUGAAGAUGAGCUUAUAGAUUUUUCUGAAGACCAAGAUAACCAGGAAGACAGUAGUGAUGAUGGUGGCCUUGUAGAUGAUAACUGUAAUUCAGAAAUGGGACAGUGGUACCUGAAGCCAACUAUCUGCAAACAGCCCUGCAUUUUGCUUAUGGAUUCACUGAGAGGCCCUUCCCGGUCAAAUGUUGUGAAAACACUAAGGGAAUAUCUAGAGGUGGAAUGGGAAGUCAGGAAAGGCAGCAAAAGAAGCUUUUCCAAAGAUGUCAUGAAAGGUUCCAACCCAAAAGUGCCACAGCAGAACAACUACAGUGAUUGUGGAGUGUACAUCCUGCAGUAUGUGGAGAGCUUUUUUGAGAAUCCCAUUUUGAGUUUUGAACUACCAAUGAACUUAACACACUGGUUUCCACGCCCAAGAAUGAAAACCAAAAGAGAAGAAAUAAGACAAAUAAUCCUGACGCUCCAGGAACAGCAGAACAAGGACAAGAAGGGACAGAAAGACCCAAAUUCAGUGUUGCAGGAAAAGACAGAACAACUUACCAACAACAGCUCAGACUGAAUGUUGUACCUGUUGCAUGUUAGCUCCACAAUCAAAACUGAAACCUACAUUUCUGUCUGCCCAGACUAAAGAUUUGGCGUGUUCUCUGCUCAAAGUUACUUGGGAAUGUUUAAUGCCUGUAUAAAUGUGUGUCAUAAAAUGGUUUAAUUCCCACAAAGAUGUGUAUUAAGUGAGUCUGUACAUAUGUUAAUGAGGCCAACUUUUUCAGCAUUUGUAAUUACUUUUUUCCACUUGAUAGGGAGCUUUUGUUAUGUAUUUCUGUUAAUAGAACUUAAAUAGCAACUUCUAAACAUAAAGGAAAUAAAGAAAAUAUAGGAUGAAAUGGUUACCUUUUUCUUUUUCAGUUAAGUUUUACUGUUACAUGCUUAAGUAACACAUAGGGAAUGAUUUGGUAGUGAGAUAAUUAAUUCAUAUUUUGACCCUAUUUAGUUACCCUUUACAAGAUUAUUCUGCUUGCGCUACAGACAAUAGUAUGGGUAAGUGUCUCAAUGUACCAUGGCCUCCGAGAGGGUGAUUCCCAUCCUCCCAGUAUCUAAGUGUAGGCAGUGUCAUAGUUCAUAAGACUGCUUCAGAUUUGGGGGUUUAGAAGAUACGCAUUGCAAUUACAAUUCCACCCUUGCUUUAGUGGGACAGGCUACAGAAAGGGGGAGAGUGCUCCUUGACCAGAGAUAAACUCUUACAGUAUUAUAAAAGUGGUUUCAAUGAAGUGAUCUUGAGUGACUCUAUUAAAUCAUAUUUUGUGGAUCCCAGUUGUUGUACAGGUGUAUUUUGAGACUUUCUUCAUUAUAAAAUUGUAUUUUGGUAAGUGUACUUGGAAUAGCAGAUUGCCCACAUUACAUUUUCUAUGUUACAAUUCUGAAUGUUACAUUCAUAUGUGCUUUAUCUAAGUAAUGAACAUUUAAAAAGAAAAAAAGUGUAUGAUUACUAUUUUUUCUAAUAUCCAUGCGAAAAACCAAAAUACUAGUGUUCAUUGCUUGCUUGUUUGUUCUUGGCUUUACGUAGCAUCAGACUAAUGUUGGGACUUGCUUGGAUAUUUCCAGUGUAUUUUGAUUUUACAACAAUCUAAAAUGUCACUGUUGCUUAAACUGCAAAUGUAGCCUUUUAUCCCUGUUCUAGAAAGGCUUUUUCAUUGAAGUGAGGAAAGUAAGAAAAGAUUUGUGCAAGGAUAUAUAUCUCCAGUUUUCUACUUAUACAGAUAUCUUUGAAGGGAACCAGGAAGUGUCACUUCCCAGGAAGGAAUUUUUGGGAGUAGAGAGGGAUCUUCUGUCUCUCCUUACGGCUAAUAUUAUCUCUCCCGAUUUUUUCUACUGGAAGUGUCAUUUAUCAUUCCCUUCUCCCAAAGAGAAGCAGCAGAGAGUUCAUUAGCUGAACUCUGGGCCCCUUGAGAUUUUAUUUUUGUACACAGCAUCCAAGUCUAACCCAGUGCUUCAUGGCCUCCAUGAGUUUUCAUUCCCAGUAAACCCUGAAAAUGCAGCUGCUAAUGAUGUUAUUUCCAGGGCAUUCCUGCACAGACGACUCUCUGUGACACCCUCUGUUUAGAGGGGGUUCUCUCACCCAGGCAGAGUGGUUGCACAUAGAGCAAUACAGCUGUGGGCUGCUAAUCUUUUGUACAGAUAACUGUGGGAUUUAGGGGAGUUGUUCAUUCCCUGGUUUCUCUCGCAUAAACCCUGGGCCCCAUGGAGAUUAUGUAAGUACCACAUAUAUGUGUUCUGUUAGAAAUGACUCCUGCAGUUUUCUUGUUGAAAGAAUGUGGGGGCAAUUUCCUGGACUACAAAUUAAAUAUGUAAUGUGCA